AUGGACGCCCCCAUAGACGACCCCGUGUCCCUCCUCCUCAACAUCGCCCACUCCCACCUGGCUACUCCAGAAACCCAUGCCCAGGAGCAGGCCCACGAGCUGAUGCAUGAGCAAGUGCACGAGGGCGGAGGUGGAGAUGGGGAUGGGGAUGUGUCGAUGGACCUCCCUUCUCCCCAGGGCCAAAAACGCAAACGCCCCUCGCCCUCCCCCUCCCCUCCAUCCCCACAAGGCCAACCCCUGCACUACCUCGGCCUCGACAACACCCUCAUCCGCUGCAUCUGCGGUUUCCCCGAAGACGACGGCUUCACCAUCCAAUGCGACCUCUGCGGCGCCUGGGAGCACGGUUUCUGCGUCGGCUUUGCCCACCCUGACGACGUGCCGGAGAGGUAUCUGUGUGAGAUCUGUGAUGUUAGGGAGGUGGAUCGGGGGAAGGCGAGGGAGGGGCAGUUGAGGAUGAUUGAGCAGGCGAGGGGGGCCAGGCUUGCUGGGGGGGUCGGAGCGGGGGAGAAGCCGAGGAGUAGGGGGAAGGGGAGGAAGAGGGAAGAAGAUAACGACAUGCCACCCCCGAAACCCAAACGAGGCCGCCAACCCUCAUCCCGGCGCAAAACCCAACCCGCCGAGUCCACCCCCGCCCCUCCUCCCUCUCUCCCUGCCCCCGCCAGACCCCGCUCGAGACCGAGGGAUGAACCCGAAGACGACGACUACUUUAAACGCUCCCCCUGGUCUAUGGAGUUUAUCCCCAUCACGGAGAGCGUGCUCAGGGGCAUGCCCGUGAGGAGGGCGUUGAGGGAGGUGUAUGAAGAAUGGAUGAUCGACCCCGCACCCACGGUCAAACCGCGCAAAGACGCAACCCACCUCCCAUCCCCCACCGAACCGCCCAUCCCGCUCUCCCCUUCCCCCGAGCGGUACCCCACCCCCUCAUUCGAAACCCUGUCCCCGCCCCUGCCCCCGGUCUACCUCUCAUCCCUCACCCCCUCCCCCGGCAUCAAACUCCAAGUCACCCCCAUCCCCUUGCCCAAGACCAAACGAUCCUUCCUCCCCCCCUCCUACGCGCCGCACCUAAGCAUGCCCUCCCUAUACACCCACCCAACCCUGUACGGCCUCUUCGCCGCGCCCUCUUCUGCGCCUAUCGCGAAGGGCAGUUUCAUAGGCGAGUAUCUGGCGGAGGUCGGGGAGGCGGGGAGGUACAGGCGGGAUAAGGUGAAUCAGUAUGGGUUGUUGGGGGUUGGGAAACCGGGGGUGAGGGGGGUGGGGCCGCCGGUGGACCUUGUGCUGGAUGCCCGGGCGUAUGGGUCGGAAAUGCGGUUUGUGAGGUCGUCUUGCCGGCCUAAUGCCGUUUUGAGGGUCAUCAUCUAUCGACCUGCUGCUUCUGGUGGCAAGGGGAAAGGCAAGGAGGGGAAGAAGGCCGGGGAGGGGGAAGAGGAGGGGAAGGUCACGUUUGGGAUCUUUGCGAGUGAAGAUAUCGGCAAGAAACAAGAGAUCACGCUAGCGUGGGAAUGGGACGAUGCCCACCUCGUCCACUCUCUCCCUUCCCUACACCCCACCAUAAGCCCACACGGCAGACCAGGAUAUCCCCUAGCCCUCUACCCGCUCGCGUACCCCGAUGCGCCGUUUCUGGAAGGGGUCAAGAGGUUGACGGAGGGAGAGAGGGAAGAGGUGGGGAGGAGGUUUGAGGGGCUGUUGGCGGGGCUCGGGGGGGUUUUUGCGGGGUGUGGGUGUAUGUCCCGAGUCGGCGGACGAGUCGGAGGGGGAGGGGGGUGUGUGGUAGAGCAGAUGAUGGAGGUCUGGAAGAUUGUGAGGGGGACGAGUGAGCUUGUCUUGCCGGAGCCGCCUGCUGUCUCUGUCUCUGUGCCUGUUGUGAAAGAAAAGGAGAAGGAGGAUGUGGGUAUGGGCGAACAAGAGCGUGGUCUUGGUACGGAUCGGGAUAGGACGUCGGACCAUUCCGACCAUUCCGACCAUCGUGCCCUACCCACCGAGCCUUCCGCUCCCCACCACGACCAUCCCGAGCUCCACCCCGAAAGAGAACAAGAAAGAGAACAAGAAGGAGAAAGAGAAGAACCCGAACCACCGCAACUAGCCGACCUGGGUCCCCUGAUAGGCGCUGUAAGAGGUUGGAGGCGGAAAGAACUUGAAGUUGAGAGUGUGAGGCGGUGGAGGGGUGUUGUGAGGGGUUUCGGUUUCGGUUUGGGCUUGGGUGGGGUGGGGAUGGAGGGGAGGAAGAGGGAGGUGGAUGAUGAUGUGCAAAUGGGGGAUAUGGAGGAGACGAAGGAGAUUGUGGAGCAAGAGAAUGAUAAAGGGAAUGAGGUGAAAGGUCAACUCGGCUUUCAUUCACCUUCAUCACAACCGUCAACCCACUCGCCCUCCCGCUCGCUCUCGCCUUCCCCGCCGAGGCCGACGAAGAGGACAUCUGUCUCGCCGAAAAACAAGACCUCCCUGCCUUUACCGCUGCCGCCGAUGCCGCCGACGACGAUACCGCCGAGUUCGAGCUUGUCGCCUGCUUCGUCUCGCCAUUCCCUCUCGCCGCCGGCUCCGCCCCGUGCAACGCGUGCAACGCUCAAGGGUGUUGAGGAAGAAGAAGAAGAUGGGGAGAGCGAGCUGUCAAACCCUACCGACGUCGAAUCUUCCGACCACGACCACGACCACGAGGAAGAGGAAGAAGAUGAAGGAGGGUUGUCGGAUGCUACGACGAUUACCCUUCCCCGGUCUUUGAUCUCUUCCUCAGACGAUGAUGACGAGUCGGAGGAGGAGGACGGGGAUGAAGAUGCCGACCCGCCAUCGGGGGGGACUCUGGCUUUACGAAAGAGUAUGGGGGGCAAGGUUAAGAGGAGGAUCGAGUCUUCUCCUGCUCCUGAGCCGAAACGCAAAGCUGUGACCAAGCAGGCUGCGAAGGAGACGGCAAAGGACAAGUCAAAGAUCAAGAAGAAAGACCCAUUCCCAUUCGACCCCGCCCCCGCCCCCGCCCCCAAGACCGAGAUCAAGGCCAAGCCCAAGUCUGUUGGCAAACCGAAACCCCGCCUCGCCUCUGUCGUAUCCAUAUCAACCUCUGCGUCAAAUUCGAAACCUGCUUCAACCGCUUCCGCGUCUGUGGGAGUGGCCAAGAAGCUCGGGAAGAAGAGGCAGAAGCGUAUCGUCUCGAGUGAUGAAGAGUCUUCAGCCGAGGAGGAGGAGGAGAGGGGGAGGGUGGAGAAGAGGAGGAAGGGCAAGGUCAGCCGGGAGAGGGAGGGGGGUGUUACGCCGCCCUUGCCUGGGGCCACGCCGGCGUCAGGUGCGAGGGCGUUGGAUGGGCUUUUCAGGGACGAUACCCCGCCCCCGCCUGCUCUUCCUGCAACCGAACAACCUUCCACCCAACCAGAGACCGAGAAACAACCGGAACCGGAACCCAAACAGGUCAACCCACGCCUCACGCCUCCACCUCCGGCGCCGGUCGAACCGCCAAAGAAGGUCAGCUUGAGCGAGUAUCUCAAGACGCACAAGUUUAGGAAAGAGUCGCAACCUUCUUCUUCCGGGCCUUCUUCUUCUUCUUUGGUCUCUGCGCCCGAGGCUGUGGCUGUGGCAGUGCCCUCGCCAACGAACGCUGCAGAGUCGGAACAUGAGAGAGCGCUGGAGAGUGUCAAGAAUGAACAAAGGGACAAAGUGGAUGUGCCAAUGCCGAUGCCCAUGGCGUCGAGUCCCAUGACGAGUCUCCCAGCAUCGACGCUAAACCUGCUCGAACACCUUCCUUCCCUCCGCAAUCUCCCAGCCCCUGCGCCAGCCGCAACUCCAGCGCAAGCUCACGCUCAAGUCGCCGCUAUGCCCGCUCCGAUUCCGACCACCUUUCCACCACCGGCGGCCGCUGCGGGCCAAACACCAGUCACCCCAGCUCCCAGUACGCCUGCAGGAGGGUUCGGGGCGAGUACGAGUUAUGUACCCCGUGGUCCGGCGCGGACGCCGAUGCACGCAACCGUGCCUCUACAAGACUUUGCCGCACCCUCCCACCCUGCGCUCACGCCCGCUGGCCCUGGGGCUGGGCCGGGUAGGGCUAGUACGUCUUAUACUCCGAGACAGGUGUCGGGCGAGCGGGAAAAGUCGCCUGGUUUGCCCGGUCUUGGGAACUAUAAUAGAAACUUUGAAAGUACGCCCAGCUAUGUGCCGAGGAGGGAGAGGGAGAGAUCGCCUGUGAGGGAGAGGUACCGAGAUUCACUCCCCCACCAAACUCCCUCCUCUUCCACCUUUGCCAACGUCUCCAUCUCCACCCCCGGUUCUGCAGCUCAGAUCGCAAACCCAACCAACGACCGCCUCCCCCCACCUCUGACCACCCGAGAUCUUCCCCCACACGCGUCUACAAACACGCCCUCAAGAUCGACCAUGGCUAUGGGCAUGGGCAGCUCGGGAUUGGGGCUGGGGAGGGUACCGCCGAUGGGGCCGAAAGUGCCGCCCACGGGGCCUAGGAGCGUUUCUGGUGGUUCGGCUGGGGGUGGGCCUGGAUUUGGGCAGGGGUUGGGGCAGGGGCAGGGGCUUGGGGGGAUGGAUAGUGCUAGAGGAGGAUUUGGGAGAGGUGGGUAUAGGGGCUUUGCGCCGAGGGGUUGGAGAGGCCGGGGUGGGUUUAGGGGACGGGGACGAGGAGGUUAG